AACGGAAACUGUUUACAGUUUAAAAUAAUUUAACAGCACCAGACUAGACUACAUCGGGUGCAAACAGAGCAAGCGGAACAAACGGGGAAGGACCUACCUGAAUCUGUCCAAUAGAAAGUCUCGUUUUCGUAAAAAAAAAACUUUUCAGUUUGGAGUAAACUGUUUCUGUUGUAACAGACGAAAAGUUUUGCAACAGAAUUGCCGAAAUUAAUACACCCCUGUUUAAACGCUUGCAGUCUCGCACUAAAUACGACACAUUGCGCGGAUAAUUUCUUAAAAAUGGAUACCGGUGCUCAUGCCACAUCUUUCCAUGUCUGGCAAUAUAGACAACAUUUCAUUUUCAAGGAAUUAAGAGAAAAAAAUAUGACCGUCCAGGGUGUUCUAUGCAAACCCAAAAUCCGCAUGUUGUCUACCUCCAAGAACUCGACAUCAAAUCUGAAGAAACAUUUAGAGAGAAAGCAUGCAAUCAUGUAUCUGAAGUCGCCUAAAGGUGAGAUGGAUGGACCUAAGUCUCCUAAGGAGCCACGCUACAAGAAAUCCAAGCUGGAAAACCUUGUCAAUCAAAUGACGUCACAGCCUAAAGUGAACACCCUGGUCUUCAACUUUAUGGUGGAAAAUGUCCAGUUGCUGUCUGUCUUGGAACAGCCUGCUUUCAGGAAGUUGAUUGAGGGCUUAAGUGGAGGGAAGAUGUCCAUGACCCGAAAUACUUUUAUCAAUGGAAUUAUGAUGGCAUACUCCAAAAUGAAGGAGGAACUAAAGGAAAUGCUGGACAGUGUACAAUCUGUGUGCACUACAGCUGAUAUCUGGUCAGCUCACAACAGAAGCUACAUUGGGAUGACAUGUCAUUGGAUUGAGAAGAAUGAGCUGGAGAGGAAGUCUGCUGCACUUGCCUGUGCCAGAAUACGGGGCUCGCAUACAUUUGAAACAAUUGCAGCCAAAAUACACGAGAUUCAUUUGGCUUACAAUAUUGAAAACAAACUUCAGGCUACAGUCACUGAUAAUGGCAGCAACUUUGUCAAAGUCUUCAAAGAGUUUUCAAAGGGGGACAAUGAAAACUAUGAAGAUGACAUUGUUGAAUUUCAGGACGUGGGCACCAUACUUGACGGAGCAGAUGAGGCCAUGCACCUCUUUCUGCUGCCGCACCAGAGAUGUGCAUCGCACGCAUUGAAUCUGAUUGCCUCCCACGAUCUAGUGCAAGUUCUAUCACGGGGAGAAACUGCCCAAGUGUACUGCAGCGCAAUGGCCAAAUGUUUUGCCAUAUGGAACAGCGUCCACCAAUCCCCAUUGGCUAUAGCAGCAGUGGAGGACAUAGAGAAAAUGAAAUUGACUGCUCCUUGUGUGAGUCGCUGGAUUUCUGAAUACUCUGCAGUGGAAAAGAUGGUCUCUCUCCCUGAAACAAAACUAAUGGAUGUUUGCAACAGCUUUGGGGUCCCAAGACUGCUAUCUUAUGAGAUAGCAUUUUUAAAAGAAUACAUACAUGUCUUCAAGCCACUUGCUUUUGCACUGGAACUCUUCCAAGGAGAGCAAAAAUGUUUUCUUGGACUGGUCAUACCUACGGUACUCACAUUGAAGAAAAAGCUAUGUGAGAAGAAAACUCUUGCGCUCUAUCUCUUGGACGUCAUCAACCCUGUUCUAGACGCAAUAGAUUCCCGUUUCAAACAGCUCUUUGCCAGUCUGGAUGCAAAAAUGGCAACAGCAACUACACCACAAUUCCGUUUGUGGUGGCUACCAGAAGCUGAGAGAGAAGACAUGCAUUUGAUGCUGGUGGCUGAGGCAACCCGAUUGGAGCCGACUGGUGGUGCGCCAAUCAGCAGCGACAACGUGCAGUCAGAAGACGAAUUCUUUAGUUUCGGGCCUGGGACUGGCAACAGUGACACAGAAGAGGAAGUCCGGAGGUACCUCGAGGGAACCAGCAAAAGUCUCAGUUGCCUGAAAUACUUCCAGAGAGUGAGAAAGCUGUUCCUCAAAUUCAAUGCCAUCCUACCCUCAAGUGUUCUUGUGGAGCGCCUCUUCAGUCAUAACGGGAACAUUCUCACCCCUAAAAGGAAUGGUUUGACUGAUGAUCAGUUUGAGCAAAAGUUCUCCUUUUGCGGUACAACAGCAAAAUAUGCACUCUGGACAAAAUAUUCCCUGAGUAAAAAUGUAAAGGGAUUUUUUUCACAGAUCAUGUAUCAGGCAAAGGAGGAUUGCCAGAAGAGGACUGGCCACCCCACACCGUGCUUUUACAGCCUGGUUCCUAAGCACUUGGAGGACAGGCUCAUUGUAAGGGCUUGA